UCAUAUCGCCGAUCGUUGAGCCCCCUCCUUGCUCUGACUGGAUCCCUGCGCCUGCAACGCAACUUAGUCUUACAGUUACCGCGCUGGGAGAAGCAGCAGAGGCAGAGAAGUUGCUGAGCAGGGAAGUCUGUCCUGCGGUGGAAGGGGGAUCGGAGUGCACAAGGGUUACUAGUGUGACCGGAAGGCACUGUCACUGAUAAUCCUCUGCUCUAAAGAUUUACUGGGUACUGGCUGCAUACUACUCCCUUCUUCCUUGUUUCCUGCAUGCUCAAAGACACGGCCAGAGCACUGAGAGAUAUCAGGUAUUGAUGUAACUGGAGUGAAUAAGGGAACCUUCUUCCUGAGCACAGACAUUGGAGCCUGUUAUCAGCAUGAACUCAUAUGUGUUAGACAAACACGUCAAUAUUUCAUAUCUAUCCUUCACUACAGUCUUAGACACCAAUGACUAUUCACAAACUUUGGAGAUAUCACAGCAGAAAUUUAAAGGAGAUGGUGAAUUGGCAGGAACUGGGCAGAAAUCAUUAUGUACAGAGAGUAAUUUAGUAAUCAAACAAGAGGACAACAUUUAUGCCUUAUCUAGUGAAAUUAUUUUCCCUGAGGAUAAACCACACACAUUUACAGAGUUUUCAAAACAUAUUAAAGAAAGGAAAAGUCUACAGUCUUGCCAAAUGAUUCAUACAAAGGAGAAAAAAAUUCAAUGUACAGAGUGUGAAAAAAGCUUUAGAUGGAAGUCUCGUCUACUAGAACACUACAGAAUUCACACAGGUGAGAAACCAUACACAUGUACUAAGUGCGGCAAAUGCUUUACACUAAUGAAUCAUCUGAAAUCUCAUGGAAGGAUUCACACAGGAGAAAAGCCUUUCACGUGUACAGAGUGUAAAAAAAGUUUUACACUAAAGAGUGAUCUGAAAAAGCAUGAAAGGAUUCACACAGGGGAAAAGAUUUUCACAUGUACAGAGUGUGGAAAAAGUUUUACACAAUUAAAUAGUCUGAAAAGUCAUGAAAGGAUUCACACAGGAGAAAAGCCUUUCACGUGUACAGAGUGUAAAAAAAGUUUUACACAAAAGAGUGAUCUGAAAAAUCAUGAAAGGAUUCAUACAGGGGAAAAGAUUUUCACAUGUACAGAGUGUGGAAAAAGUUUUACACAAUUAGGUAGUCUGAAAAGUCAUAAAAGGAUUCACACAGGGGAAAAGCCUUUCACAUGUACAGAGUGUGGAACAAGUUUUACAGAAAAGAGUACUCUGAAAACUCAUGAAAGGUUUCACACAGGAGAAAAGCCUUUCACAUGUACAGAGUGUGGAAAACGUUUUACACGAAUGGCUUCUCUGAAAAUGCAUGAAAGGAGUCACACAGGGGAGAAGCCUUUCACAUGUACAGAGUGUGGAAAACGUUUUACACAAGAGAGUCAACUGAAAAGUCAUGAAAGGAGUCACACAGGGGAAAAGCCUUUCACAUGUACAGAGUGUGGAAAAAGUUUUACAUAUAUGAGUGCUCUGAAAACUCAUGAAAGGAUUCACAAGGGAAGAGACCUUUCACAUGUUUAGAAAGUGGAAAAAAGUUUUUUUUAUUGAAAUCAUGUAUCACAAAACACCAAAUAUUUACACACAAAUUAACUUUAUAAACACAGUGUACAAACCUUUUUACAAUUAUCGUAAAGAGGACAAACUCGGGGACUUCCGGUGGGUGGCGUUCCAAGAUGGCUGCACUCUUCUAAAGCUCUGAGACACCUCGAGAAAAAGAAUCCUUAUACAGCCUGAAACCUUAGCCAUCUGCAUAUCUCUUGACAGCUACGUGUCUGAGAACCAAGGCAGAUUGAGAACAUAUCAUCUUCUCUCCCACGGGAGUCAUAUUAAGCAAUAACUGCUGACUGGCAUUGUGGCGGGCUCUCAAGCGCCACACUGUACAUAGUACUCCUUUCAGUAUUUGUUAAUUUCUUUUCCGAUGGAGGCAGAAAAUCACGUUACUGCACAGUUACUUGCUAUUUUCCUACCUAGAUUUGAACGCUUAUCCUAUAACCUCAACACCUUGAUUGGGGUGAUUCAGACAACGGGGGGGGCCUACCUCAAAGAUCCUGACCCUAUGACUAAGCAAACUUGCUGCUCAGUACAAGAUCUACAGCACCCACCUACCACAACUCUACAAAGGCCCCCUACACCGGAUGAUUUAACAAGCCUUUUUUCAGACUUGACCGAGAGAUCACUAUCAUGUGGUGUGGAACGGGCUCAACUUCCACAUGUCACGACUACCGUGAGCCUGGAGAGUCCAGGUAGAGCCUCUAUAAUAAGCACCCCAAUGACGGGCAUAACGAUGGGAGCUGAGAGGCAGAGCAUGGAAGCACUACUUAUUCCUGAACUGCUGAGAGACUCACCCGCCGCGAAAGCUGUGUACUCUGCACUCAGAAUUGCUGUCAGCUCUGCUGCGAUUCCAUAUGAAGCAUCUCCUGAGAUUACGGCAAUUACAGAUGGCACGGCCAUGCCCCCCCCCCCCAACGCGUGCAGGUGCUGGCAAGUGAAUCACCUCUUCCAUGCUCUCUUUUACACCGAGCAAGCUGGCUGUCUGAAUGUGGUCCCCCAGAAGCACUCGGACUCUUUCGCACAGCAAGAGGCAUCGGCUGAUGUCUUUCUCCCUCGGGCUGGCCUACACGAUAUCAUGGGGCACACCUUAAAACUUUGAACGCACGUAAAUCCAUGUUCAGGACAAUUUUGAGUAUGUGUAGUCCUGGUCUUCCCUACCUGUACUUUUAUGCGCGAGGGGUUAGAUAGUGUUUAAGUUGUUAAUAAGAGUAACUUGCCGUUAUUGUAUUCCUAUUUGUUGUUCUUUCACAUUUAUAUGCUGUUUAAUAUGAUGGAUUGGUGCUCCUUAUAGCUACAUCUCUGCAGCUACACAUUUUCAGUUACUUUCUGCUUGCUGUUCCCUCACAUGCAGAGCCUUAUCAUAUGCUGUGAAAUGUCCUUUAUUCCUGCAUACAUGUCAGAUUGAAACCUUGCAAUUACCCUCUGUACUUAUGUUGUGUGUUACUGUUGUACAUGUGGUUUAUGUUUUGGUGGGUUUGUACUAUUGCAGAUCUGAUUCUCCAUUUGAAUUUUCUCACUUGACUGAUACCCUCUUGUGUUCAUCCCACACAUAUAAACUGAUGAUGCUCAGAGAUCCUGCUUCUCCUCACUGUCUAUGUAUCUCAUAUGUGGGUUAAUAUCUUGGCCUUUGACAGCAACAUAUUUUAACACAGCCCAAUUCUGCAAAACCACCAUUAGCCUGUAUGAGAGUUGCACUCUGAGUGGUUGUUCUGUUUGUUUGAUGACACUCUGAGUGCACCAUUAAAUACACCUGAGAGCCGCUCAUAAACUAGCAACUCACUGCUUGAGAAGCCCCUGCACUUUGUUUUGUUACGUGUGUGUAUUGUUUAUUUUUUAUUGUGUGCUGUGGGUCACAUCAUGGAGGGCUAUUCAUAUUUAUAUUUACAGUUACAUCUUUAUGAUACAAAUUCCCUCUUUUAGUUAACUACCUGCUAUUUAUGCACAGACCUUCUACAGGACAACGACAUGUGUUUAAUAACUUCUUCAUGUAAACAUGACAUAAGGGGACUGUAAAUGCAUCGCCCCAAAAGACCCAUAAGAAAAUGUUCUGGUUGUUAUAUGUACACUAAUAGAAACAGCCCCUAGCUGACUCAUAUAUAUCAAUAUUACUACAUGUAUGCAUAUCCUUUGAGGCUCAGCUGACCUCUAUAAUGUUACAGCCCUAUGUAUCAACUGACUAAGGAUCAAAUAACUGUACGGGCUCAGAUACUGAUAUAUAUUAUGCACAAUGCUCAGCAGCUUUGCAUACCCACUUAUACUUGCCUUAUCUUUUCAAACAGGUGGAUCUGCUAACUAGCAGGGGCUCUAAUGUGUUUUAAAUCUGACAGGGCUGUGUAUGUAUGGUUGCUACAUUUUUGUUUGGUUUUGGUUGUUUGGUAGUUUUUAUUGUUGACCACCUUGGAGGUACCGUGUACUGUAGUGGGGGAUUUGCACUCACUUCUACUGGCACCACUACAUUUAUCACUUAUUUUUCUUAUUUAAGGAGUGAUGUUCUUGCCCAACUGAGGCAUAAAUAUCUGUUAUCCAUGACUUCACUACACUCGGUCAUCCUUGACAGCACUGUGCUAGUGAGCUCACAGUAUAACUUUCAAACAGCAGUGUACCCCCCAUGUCACCCAACCUACAGUUUCGCUGUGGGGCACCCAACAUCCAUAAAUUAAUCCCACCCUGUAAAUUUACUUGUUGAAUGUUGUGAGGUACGGUUGUGUAUGUGGUAACUAGAGUUUUAUUAUUUUAGAGUUGCAUCCCAAUUGGCAAAAUUCAAAUGAACAUCAGUAAAUCAAAAAUUCCGAAAUAUCUGUAUGUACUGCUGCAAAAUAGUGUCUUGUUUUCAAAAGUUUCAUUACUCUGCUAUGGAAAUCAUCUGUAUACCUUAACGGUCCCCGGUAACUUGGCCCACAAUAAGUAUUAUACAGCACUUACAAAAGGAGCUACACACGAUAGCUGCUAUUCAUUUACAUCGCAAUUUAGCUCUAUUCCUGGGAAUAUGAAAGCUGUUUUCAGCUGACCUUUAUCAAAUCUAUGGAUUAAUUAACGCAUUAACAUGUUUAUUUUGUGACAUUGGGUAGCAGAUAUAUAAAUAAAUAACUAAUCUAUAUAUAUAGAUAUAUGAGGGGGACAGUAUAUUUGUUGUCAAUUGGGAUUGGGUUUAGAAUUUAUGUUUUAGUUUGGUUAAGAUGUUUAUUAUAAAAGAAAAUGAGAAACAUGGGAUACACAUGGACUGAUAUCCUGCCAGCGUGAUAAAGCUAUUCUUACAGAACUUUUAUAUUUGGAACAUUAACAAAAGACUUUUGCUUUGUAACAACUGUAUGAUUUUCAUCUGUGUAAGAUUGCACAUGUUACACUGUAUCCAUGUUUCUUUAAUAAAAAGAAUUUAUAAAAAAAAAAAAAAAAAAAAGAGGACAAACUCUAUAAAUGGAAGCAUCAAAAUGGAUGUUAUUGUAAAUAAUACUUUAUAAAUACCAGUUAUAAAAGCCCCAGUUUGGAAGUGUUCUUCUGCUGUCCUUUGUUCCUCUAUAUAUGUGCACCUCAGUUUCUCUCAUAUCAAUGUGAUAGAAUCCAAACGCCACACUGGAAUAUACAGAUCUGUCCUCAUACUGACAGUUUACACAACCAGUCACCCCCACAGCACCCCCAGUGUUGUUUAUUAAUAUGCCAGUGUUAGGAGUUGUACGUUUGAUUUACAUAGGGGAGAAAAUAAUUACAUUUACAGAAUAAAGGAGUCUUUAUAUGAAUAGAGUGUUAGAGAAUUACAUAAACAAGAACAUCAGUCUCAAAUGAUUGACAUCUGGGAGAUAUAUUUAUUGUGCACAUCAUGUGGAUAAACCUUUUCUUAUAGCAAUAGAUGCUUAGCAUUGUACAUGUUAUAUACCAGAGGAAUUACUGAGGGAAACUGAUUUUAUUUCAUGAGACGCAAUAUCAGUAACCGGUACAUACGUGAUCAUAAUCAGUUUAAUUUAUAUGGCUACUAUAACCUACAUGUAUACUGGGUAUGUAAUAUGUGUGUCAUGUUCUGUAACUUGAUAUUAUGGCUGUUAGAUGUUUUCAUGUUAGUUAGAAGCCACAAGAACUGAUAAUAGCACAUACUGUAUAUAUAAAGGGAACAUUAUAUGUCUGAUAAAUCCCUUUGUAUCAAGAGCACAAGUGUUAGGUAUAUUUAUACCAUUGUGUGCAUAUAUCAUGUAAUGCUGCUUUUUACUAUAUAAUGAUAUACAGUACAAUGUUUUUUUUCAUGCAAAUAAAAAGUGAUUGUAAUCCA